AUGAUUCAGUUUCUUGUUCUCGUUGUUCUACCUUUGACCUAUGCAUCAUUCUGUGGAGAGUCAUCCAUACCCUUCAGUAUUGAGAUUCUACCUAACGGUCAGCCUGUCUUAGGAUGUGCCAGACCAGCAUGUUUCGGAUGGAACGAAUCAGGAAAUCCCACAACUAAUGACGCCAACUUUUUUAAGGUAGGCAACAACGAUGAUGGCUUCUUCAGACCGGGUUUAUCAUCAGUUGAACCCUAUGAUCCGACCGAUCUGAAACAUUAUCGUAUGAGCAAGGCUGACUGUUCGGAACAAUUCGAUUCGCCCAAUUGUGACUUCUCUUAUCAAUGGGUUUCUGGUUUGGCUCCCCAAACAAAUUUGUCAUUGCCCUUGAAGCUACGAUGCUGUUCCAUUGAACCCUUGAUCCGUUCAGUUGAUAGAGGAGUCGCAACUUUGAGAGCUGGACAGAUUGUGAUUGGAGGAGAGGUUACAAAACAGGGAAAGCAAGUGGCUUUUGAUUAUAUUGCUGACGUCGCGAGAGUUACGAAUGAAGAGGACGGACAGACUAUUUAUGACGUAGCCGUCAGACGAUUUGAAUGUCUACCCAUUUUCACAAAAGGAUACGUAUCUCGGGAUGUUUCUAGCAAAUUUGAUGGCGCAAGAAGAUUAGCUUUACAAGCCCCAACGUAUGAAUCUCCUGACAACGCGAUCAGCCUUCCAAGUGCGCAACAACAAAAUCCUUCACAACCUGUAAUUGAAGGACCAUUUACUGAGGAUGAAGUAUCUUUUCCCGGUUUGGUACACGAGAAAUCUGCUGCUACUGGUAACGAAAUGUCUGCAGCAGCAACUGAUUACCUUAAUAAUAACAGUGCUUAUAAAGGCCAAUAUCAACAAGUUAUUCCUCCUCCACCACCAUCAGAUACCUUACUUGCAAAUUCGUAUGCAUCCAAUCAGCCAGCCUAUGUUGCUCCAGCACAACCUUCUUAUGUCGCUCCUCCUCAGCCCGCUUAUGUUCCUGCUCCUCCUCAAGCACCACCUCAACCACCAGUCCAAUAUUAUUCUGCUCCUGCAGCUCAGCCCUACUAUCCUUCGACCAGCUCUUACUAUUGCUUUAGUGGAGAUACUCAAGUUCUUCUACUUUCUGGAGAAACAAAGAGAAUGGAUGAGCUACGCGUGCACGAUUGGGUUCAACAAUUUGGAAAGUCAUCUGUUAGUUACUCUCCUGUUACUAUGUGGCUUCACCGUAUGCCUGAAGAACUUGCAGAAUUCAUAGUUAUCAGUCUCACCGACGGUACAAAACUCAAAAUCACCGAUAAGCAUUUCAUUUACAAAACAGCUUGUGACCAAAGUCGCUUGGCGAAUGUAACUUCUGUGCCAAUGAAACCUGUAUUUGCUGAUGAAGUGCAAGUAGGUGACUGUUUGUACAAAGUUGUCAAGAAUUAUCCAUCUUUGGUUCGCAAAGUACGAGUUGCUGCUAUAGGUAAAGUAUCCGAGAAAGGUAUAUAUGCCCCCAUGACGACAACAUCCACUAUUACCGUUAAUGGAAUACUAGCGUCGUGCCAUUCAGUCUAUAAGCCAUCGAAUGCUGUGACAACAUCAUAUUUCAAACAAAUGAGUAACAUUCGUGAUUAUUUUUUCGGCAAAUCAUCAGAGGACGAAAUGGAGUUACCGGUCACUUUGAGCUUGGCUAUUGAAAUGCUUCAUCUUAUUUUACCAAAAAGUCUUCUUUUUGCUUUAUAA